CGCCGCGGCUUCAGCGGCAGCCGCUUCAGCUCCUCAGAUCGCCGGCGGCGGCCUCGGCGAAGUCGGUGUCGGCGGCCGGGGCUGAGCUGCGAGUUUCCGAUCGAGAGCCGUGCUGGGGAAGAUGGCGGCGAGCGGAUCAGAAGAUUUGCUGAACAGUGGACUCGGAGAUCGGUAAAAAUAAGCUCCCACCUGAACCUCACUGACUGGGCUGCCAGUUGCUGAUCUUGUUCAAGAUGAGUGGACUAGGUGAAAGCUCCUUGGAUCCGCUGGCCACUGAGUCUCGAAAACGCAAAUUGCCUUGCGAUGCUCCAGGACAGGGUCUUACCUACAGUGGUGAAAAGUGGAGACGGGAGCAGGAGAGCAAAUACAUAGAAGAAUUGGCUGAGCUGAUAUCUGCAAAUCUUAGCGAUAUUGACAAUUUCAACGUCAAACCUGAUAAAUGUGCGAUUUUAAAGGAAACAGUGAGGCAGAUACGUCAAAUAAAAGAGCAAGGAAAAACUAUAUCCAGUGAUGAUGAUGUUCAGAAAGCUGAUGUGUCUUCUACAGGACAGGGGGUCAUUGAUAAAGACUCUUUAGGACCACUUUUACUACAGGCAUUGGAUGGUUUUCUGUUUGUGGUGAAUCGAGAUGGCAACAUUGUAUUUGUGUCAGAAAAUGUUACACAGUAUCUGCAGUACAAGCAGGAAGACCUGGUUAACACAAGUGUCUACAGCAUCUUACAUGAGCAGGACCGGAAGGACUUCCUUAAACACUUACCCAAAUCCACAGUUAAUGGAGUUUCUUGGAAUAACGAGACCCAGAGACAGAAAAGCCAUACCUUUAAUUGUCGUAUGUUGAUGAAAACACAUGAUAUUUUGGAAGACAUGAAUGCCAGUCCCGAAACUCGCCAGAGAUAUGAAACAAUGCAGUGCUUCGCCCUGUCGCAGCCUCGAGCUAUGCUGGAAGAAGGGGAAGACUUGCAGUGCUGUAUGAUCUGUGUGGCACGUCGAGUGACAACAGGGGAAAGGACAUUUCCGUCAAGUCCUGAGAGCUUUAUUACCAGGCAUGACCUGUCAGGAAAGGUUGUCAAUAUAGAUACAAACUCACUUAGAUCUUCCAUGAGGCCUGGCUUUGAAGACACCAUCCGAAGAUGUAUCCAGAGAUUCUUUAGUUCCAAUGAUGGGCAGUCAUGGUCCCAGAAGCGUCACUAUCAAGAAGCUUAUAUUCAUGGCCAUGCAGAGACCCCAGUGUAUCGCUUCUCAUUGGCUGAUGGAACUAUUGUGAGUGCCCAGACAAAAAGCAAGCUCUUUCGAAAUCCCGUAACGAACGAUCGUCAUGGCUUCGUCUCAACUCACUUUCUUCAGAGAGAACAGAAUGGAUAUAGACCAAACCCAAAUUCUGUAGGACAGGGUGUCCGGCCUCCUGCAGCAGGGUGCAACAUGAACAUGUCUCCCAACCAGAGCGUACAGACGCUGGGCAGCAGGACCUAUGGUGUGGCAGACCCCAGCAAUGCCGGGCAGAUGGGGGGAGCUAGGUAUGGGCCCUCCAAUAACAUAGCUUCGCUGACCCCAGGACAAAGCCUGCAGUCACCAUCUUCCUACCAGAAUAGCAGCUAUGGGCUCAACAUGAGCAGCCCCCCCCAUGGCAGUCCUGGUCUUGGCCCCAACCAGCAAAACAUCAUGAUUUCUCCACGUAAUCGCGGGAGCCCAAAGAUGGCCUCACACCAGUUCUCGCCUGUUGCAGGUGUGCACUCUCCCAUGGCAUCUGCUGGUGCUCCAGGGAGUCACAGCUUUUCCAGCAGCUCCCUCAGUGCCUUGCAAGCCAUCAGCGAGGGUGUGGGAACUUCUCUUUUAUCCACUCUGUCUUCACCAGGCCCCAAGUUGGAUAACUCUCCCAAUAUGAGUGUAAAUCAGCCAAGUAAAGGGGGCAGGCAGGACUCCAGGAGCCCCCUAGGCUUAUACUGUGAACAGAAUCCAGUGGAGAGCUCAGUGUGUCAGUCAAAUAGCAGAGACCACUCCAGUGACAAAGAAAGCAAGGAGAGCAGUGGGGAGGGCUCGGAGAGCCAAAGGGGUCCCCUGGAAAGCAAAGGCCACAAGAAACUGCUGCAGCUACUCACAUGCUCUUCUGAUGACCGAGGUCAUUCCUCCAUGACUAACUCCCCCCUGGAUUCAAAUUGCAAAGACUCUUCUAUUAGUGUCACCAGCCCCUCUGGAGUGUCCUCCUCAACGUCAGGAGCAGUAUCUUCUACUUCCAAUGUGCAUGGGUCUCUGUUGCAAGAGAAACACCGGAUUUUACACAAGUUGCUGCAGAAUGGCAACUCACCAGCGGAAGUCGCGAAGAUUACUGCAGAGGCCACCGGGAAGGACACCAGUAGUACUGCUCCCUGUGGAGAAGGGAAUGCCAGGCAGGAGCAGCUGAGUCCCAAGAAGAAGGAGAAUAACGCCCUCCUCAGAUACCUGCUGGACAGGGAUGACCCCAGCGAUGCCCUUGCCAAAGAGCUGCAGCCCCAAGCGGACGUAGGUGACAGUAAGCCGAGUCAGUGCAGCAGCUCCACCAAUCCCAGCUCCAGCCAAGACAAAGAUUCCAAAAUUAAGACAGAGCCCAGUGAGGAGGUAUCUGGAGACCUGGAUAAUCUAGACGCUAUUCUUGGUGAUUUGACUAGUUCUGAGUUUUACAACAACCCUGUAUCUACAAAUGGCAGCCAUCCAGGGACCAAACAGCAGAUGUUUGCAGGACCAAGUUCUCUGGGUUUGCGAAGUCCACAGCCUGUGCAGCCUGUUCGUCCUCCGUAUAACCGAGCCGUGUCUCUUGAUAGCCCUGUUUCUGUUGGCUCAGGUCCUCCAGUGAAGAACGUCAGUGCUUUCCCGGUGUUACCAAAACAGCCCACACUGACUGGGAACCCAAGGGUGAUGGAUAGUCAGGAGAAUUACGGUGCCAGUAUGGGUGGACCAAACAGAAAUGUCUCUGUUGCUGUGAAUCAGACUUCUUCCCCAGGAGAGUGGGGCUUGGCUAACUCAAAGGCCAGCAGAAUGGAACCUAUGGGAUCAAGUCCUCUGGGAAGAACAGGAGACUACAGUGCCCCUUUGCCAAGACCUGCCAUGGGGGGCUCAGUGCCCACCUUGCCUCUUCGCCCUAAUAGAAUACCAGGUGCAAGACCAACAUUGCAGCAGCAACAGCAGCAGCAGCAGCAGCAGCAGCAGCAGCAGAUCCUUCAAAUGAGAGCUGGUGAGAUCCCCAUGGGAAUGGGGGUCAAUCCCUAUGGUCAAGCAGCAGCGCCACCCAAUCAACCAGGCUCCUGGCCAGAGGGCACGCUGCCUAUGGAGCAAGGCCCUCAUGGGACUCAGAGCAGGCCUCUUCUUAGAAAUCCUCUGGAUGACCUGCUUGGGCCGCCUCCUAACACAGAAGGCCAGAGUGACGAAAGAGCGCUUCUGGACCAGCUGCACACACUCCUGAGCAACACCGAUGCCACAGGCCUGGAGGAAAUCGACAGGGCCUUGGGCAUCCCUGAGCUUGUGAAUCAGGGGCAGGCUUUGGAGGCCAAACAAGAUGUUUUUCAAGGCCAGGAAGCAUCAAUGAUGAUGGAUCAGAAAGCCGCACUCUAUGGACAGACGUACCCAGCCCAGGGUCCUCCAAUGCAAGGAGGCUUUAACCUUCAGGGACAGUCGCCGUCUUUUAACUCCAUGAUGAAUCAGAUUAACCAGCAAGGCAGCUUUCCUCUCCAAGGGAUGCAUCCCAGAGCCAGCAUGGUGAGACCGAGGACAAACACCCCGAAGCAACUGAGGAUGCAGCUUCAGCAGAGGCUGCAGGGCCAGCAGUUUUUGAAUCAGAGCCGGCAGGCACUUGAGAUGAAAAUGGAAAACCCUGCUGGUGGUGCUGCUGUGAUGAGGCCCAUGAUGCAGCCCCAGCAGGCUUUCUUUAAUGCUCAAAUGGCUGCCCAGCAGAAACGAGAGCUGAUGAACCAUCACCUGCAGCAGCAGAGAAUGGCAAUGAUGAUGUCACAGCCGCAGCCUCAGGCCUUCAGCCCACCUCCCAAUGUCACCGCUUCCCCUAGCAUGGAUGGGGUUUUGGCAGGAUCAGCAAUGCCACAAGCCCCACCGCAGCAGUUUCCAUAUCCAACGAAUUAUGGAAUGGGACAACCACAAGAUCCAACUUUUGGUCGAGUAUCCAGUCCUCCCAAUGCAAUGAUGUCAUCAAGAAUGGGCCCUUCCCAGAAUGCCAUGGUGCAACAUCCUCAGACUGCACCCAUGUAUCAGUCCUCAGAAAUGAAGGGGUGGCCAUCAGGGAACCUGGGCAGAAGCAGCUCCUUUCCCCAGCAGCAGUUUGCCCCCCAGGGGAAGCCUGCAGCAUACAGCAUGAUGCACAUGAACAACACUGGUGGUCACUUGGGACAGAUGAACAUGACCCCCAUGCCCAUGUCUGGCAUGCCCAUGGGUCCUGAUCAGAAAUACUGCUGACAUCUCCCCAGUGGACCGAUUAGGGAAUCACUGUACAAAUGACACUGCACAGGAUCAUCGGGAGGUAAUGAGUCAUUGUCAGGCAUCCAGCCUGGAAGCAAGGGCCAGCUUGACCAUCAGGGUGUUCCAAGUGCUGUCAUUUGAGCGGAACCGGGUCUCAAGCUGAAGCACUGUCUACCUGAUGCCCUGCCUCUGUGUGGCAUGGUGUUCUGCCUCAUGGGGACGUGACUCUGGAGAUAGGAAUGUCAUAAUCGCCUCUCUUGUGUCACUUCCUUCUGCCUCGCCAGCCAAAGUCUUCACAUAAAUCUAGGUGGCUAGGGUUUCUGCCUUGUAGCACUGGACGAGGAGCACAGUCUGCCUUCAAGUGUUUGUCACCAAGUAGUUCUGUGUCACUCUUCUGUUGUCCUUUACAGGUGUAGUCCCCAGAGUCUGUUGUCUUAGGUUUUUCUCCUGAUGAGGUCCCAAUACCCUGUAACUCUCAAGGAUUUGUUAUUGAUGUUAAUAAUGGCUUUGCAGAAGGGAAAAUGAGAUGACAAUAUUAAAUCUUCCCAUGCUAAUGUGCAGCCAAGUGCACUUUACUUAAGAAAUCGUGGAGAAAUGCAAUAUUCCCGAGGGCGUGAGGAAUGGUGAGCCACAUUCCUGGUUUUUGUCUGCACUAAUCUGUUAGGACAAGAACAUGAUUGUUUUUUGUUUGUUUGUUGUUUUCUUUCAAGUACUGGCGUCACCCUUUGCCUAUAUGGUAGAGCAAUAAUGCUUUGAAAUAAACUUGUGAAAUCCAAGGCCAGGUACUGCACCCUCAAUCAGAAGCUCACAGCGUUUCUGUGAAUAGAUUUCCUUUUUUGUAAAUAGGAUCUUUUAAGAUAUUGUAUUAUGUAAAAAUAUGUACAUACCUUUUUUUUGUAGGUCACAGCAGCUCAUUUUUAUAGAGUUUGUGAAGCUAAAUAUUUAACAUAGUCAAUUUCUGUAAACUCCAUGCAGUGAGGUUACAAACAGAAGAGGAGACAUCUGGAAUCCACAGCCUGGGGAGGAAGGGAGCCUGCAGCUUCCCCACCUCACCUUAGAGGCCUCACUCUUCAAUCUCCUAACCUAAGGCUUUUUAAACUCAUCAUUUGUUUAUAGAUGUAGGCAUUUAAAAAUUUCUUUACCAGAGAACUACGCACUUUGUUAAUUUGGGGGAAAGAAUAGAUGUGGGGCAAAUGAGCUUUUAAAAAAACAACCCAAGAAUUAAAAAAAUGAAGCAAAUUGAUUUCAAAAAGAAUCUUUACAUUUUAAAGCAGUCCGUAAGUUAAAUGGUAAUAGUUUUGGUAAACUCAGUAUGGGGUAUGUAGCCCCUUCAUCUUAGGAGUGACUGUGGUUGCUAGGUCCUGAGCCACACUUAGGUGGCAGGCGCUGAGACUUUGCCGUGGGGUCUGCUGUCUGCUCAGCUCUUUGUUGUUCUGCGCAUGGGGUCUCUUACUACCUCUCUGCAUCGGGGUGCUGAGUCAGAACCAGGCCUGCCAGUGCUGCUGAGUCAGGGGAGGGCCUGGUCGCCUGCCAGCCCCUCCCCGCCACUUCUCUUGCCUCUUCUUGGCACCUGCUCCAGUAAGUUUGGAGUAGGGGAAAACCAAAUUUAAUGCCCUUUACUUGGGUUUCCUUAGGUUCAAACAAUUACAUGAAAUUGGGUCACUAGACUAUCCACAGCUUUCAGACAUCUCUGCCAGCCUUGGUGUCAUUUUCUGAGAGCCAACUAGUUUUUAAAGGCCACUUGUUCUCUAUAUCCCUGAAGGGACAUCGCUUGUCUAUGAACAAGUAAAGCCAGUAUAUCCAGAGCCACCUCAAGUGUGGACUUGACUUUCCAACGUGUCCAGGUCCUGAUGGGAUUCCUCCUGUGACUGACCUACUGCCCCAGGUUGUAAAUCCAUAAGCUUCCAUUGUGUCACUGUGCACGUGACAGCCUCUGCCUGAGUCGGGCCGGUGUGGCUGAGACUUCCUUGCUUAGACUGUAGCCACAGUGGUGCUCCUGCCUCUCUUAAAGACAUUAAACCCAACUUUGUGAUUCCUGCCUCAGCAUCCCAGUGCCAGGCUAACUGGUUGGCACCCACUUUUUGUAUGGGGAAAAAUGACGUUUAUUGUGUUUUUAUAUUUUCUACUUAUUUUUAUUGGUGCAAAUCCCAAAUUCAGAUUUUUUUUAAUAGUCUUGGGGAUAAUUUGCUUUUACCUGACUUGCCCUUUAAUCUUUUUUGGAUCAUUCUCUUUGUACUCCUGUUGCCUACCUCGCCUCCCCCUCUGCUGGACCCUCUUUAAACCUAGGUGUCUUUUGAACAAACAGUAAUCUUUCCACCUGCUUUUAUGAUGUGGGACGUUUCCAGUACCUACUUUUUGCUGAAUCCAAAGAUAUAUAAAUAAAAAUAUAUUUUAUGAAGAUCAAAUGAUAUUAAGGAAACAUGUUUCUUCAAAAUUUAAUGUAGCUGUACUGUUGCUGUUGGUAUUAGGACGUUCUCUCUCAAACAGCCCUACUCCAUGUAUCAGGAUUAAUUGAGUACAGAGAUGAGUUGGGGGCACAUAGCAGUGGGUACUGGAGAAGUUUCUGCCAAGUUUCUUUAGUCAGAGGCAGAUGCAGAGGAUUGCCAGUUGCCCACAUGCCUGUCCAGUCCCUUUCUAUCUGGAGGGAGGCCGUGAGUUGUGUUCCCAAGUAGGGUGGUUACAGGAGAAAGUCUAGGCUAGCUGAAGCUGUGACCCUGGCCCGCAGCCGAGGGGUUGUUUCCACCUCAAGAAGCAGGCGCUGUUCUGUUUGUUCUUGUCGCCUCCCUUUUCUCUCCCCUUUGAAUGUAUGGAGUUUUGAAGAAGAUGAAAUGUCACUCCGAGAGCGGUGAAUUCUCAGGAACUGACACCAUUGAACAAAUUUGGGUUUAAUCAAGUUUAUAUUAAGUGUCACCUGAAAUGGAGUCAUUCUUUACCCUGCAAGGAAUCGAAAUCAUGUGGGUGACUCAGUUGAAGUGAGUUUUGAAUGCCUUGCUGACUGUCUGGAUGUUCUUGUAAAUAAAGGCUUCUAUUUAAACCUCA